AUGAAAAUACGCGACGAACUUUUGCUGUGUUUAGUUUUAAGUCUUGAUUGUAUUAGUAAAGUCAACACCGAAAAUCAACUUGUUAAUCGAAGACGCGGUCCAGACGACUGUCACCCGGUGGUGGUAGCCCAUCGUGGUGCCAGUGGUUAUGUCCCAGAACACACUCUUGGUGCAUAUGCUUUGGCUGUUACUCUAGGUGCAGAUUAUGUAGAACCCGAUCUUGUCAUGACAAAAGACGGCCACCUUAUUGCAAGGCAUGAAAAUUUACUCGACAAAACCACGGACAUUUCUCAACGACCCGAAUUUGCGGAUAGACGUCGCUCUGUAUCUAUAUUAGGGAAUGACGUUCAUCUUGGAUGGUAUACAGAAGAUCUUACAUUGGCUGAAAUCAAGCAACUAAGAGCCAUGGAACCAAACUCGCAUAUUCGUCCAGGCAGUGCUCAAAUGGAUGGUGUUAUGCAAAUACCAACGUUUCAAGAAAUUAUAGAUCUAGUAAAGGGGCUUGAAGUAAGUGUUAACCGCACUAUCGGUAUAUAUCCAGAGCUCAAGCAUGGAUCACAUUUUGAAAGUAUUGGCUUGCCAAUGGAGCAAGCGGUAGUAGACGUUUUUCAUAAUAAUGGAUACAUCGGGCCCAAUGCCCCAGUUUAUAUCCAAUCUUUCGAAGCCAACAGUUUGAAAAAGCUGAAGAAAAUUACGGACCUUAGAUUAUUGCAAUUAAUUUCUCGUUUCCAAUCUUUAACAAAAGACCUGAAAGAAAUUGCCAAUUAUGCUCAAGCUGUUGGUCCAGAAAAGAGUUUGAUAAUUCCUCGGGACUCAAAUAAUAGGCUAGGAGCUUCCACAUCCUUUGUUGUCCACGCUCAUGCAGUGGGACUCAAAGUACAUCCGUACACUUUCCGAGCAGAAAAUGCUUACUUACCUGUAGAGUUUAGAAGUAACGGUUCUGAUAGUUGCUUUGGUAAUCUUUACGGAGAGUUAGAAGCUUUCUUAGCAACUGGUAUAGACGGUUUAUUUAUAGACCAACCGGAUUAUCUGGGACGGUUAAGAAAAUCGUGUUUGUAA